GAAGAAGAGAGCUAUAAUAGAAAUCAUACAAAGAGAAAACUCAUAGAAACUGUGAGGGGGAAAAGAGAGACAAACCCCCACGACAAAGGUUUUAGUAUACGGUAUUGAUUUUGUCAUAAACUAUCAUCCUCAAAUGGCCAACAAAGCUACCUUCCAUCUCAUGAUCUUCUGCUUCACUCUAUCUCAAUUAUUUUUCUUCUUCCCUACCAAUGCUUCGAGAUUUGGGAGUUUGAUGGAGAGGCCCGAUCAAUUUUUCCUACCUCAACAAGAUACAAUACUGGUGUGUUCUCAAUUUUUUUUUGCAACAGGACGUGAAGAAGGACGUCGAGGAAAGGGUGACGAUGGAGUUAAACGAUUAUCCAGGCUCGGGUGCCAACAACCGGCACUUGCCACGUGGAAGAGGAUGCAUCGAUUGCUGAUAAAAUUAGAAAAGAAGAAUAACGUGAUUCACUUAUUAUAAUCGAUAAGUUUAUGUAACUUAUGUCUAAUUUAGUGUUACUUGACUAUUAAUUGACUUGUUAACAUCGAGGUA